GGAGGAGGGAUCGGUGAUUGUUUACUUUCCGUCAUCUUUUCCCAUUUCAAGAUCGACCCAAAUUUGAAGUCUUCCGCUGCAUCAUCCGCUUUCCGUUUAUUUGGACGUCUUCGUCAUCGACACUCCAUUCCUUACUUCUUCGGAGGAUUUCCUCCUCCCUCGCCCCUUUUCCCUUCUUCCCGCCACAGAGUCACCGUCCCGGCAGAUCACUCGCCGGAGCGAAUACUACUGAUGGCGGCCCCUGCCGCCUCCUCUUCGCAGGCGCCCGAGGAGGAGAAGGGAGGUGCCGGAGAGGAUCGACCGGACGCGCGGCGGAGGCGGGCGAAGCCCUUCGCGCACGCCGGUUCCCUGGGCGUCUUCGUCCUGGUCGCCGCCGCCCUCGUUCUCCUCGUGCUGCCGCGCCUCCCGCACUCGGACUUCUACGGCCUCGUGGUCCUCCUGAGGCAGACCCCGCUGGCCGCCGCGGGGCGGAAGGGGGGAGGGUUGUGCGAUUGGUUUGAGGGCAAGUGGGUGUGGGAUGAGGAGCGUCCGCUGUAUGCCUCCGAAGGCUGCGCGUUCUUGGACGAGGGUUUCCGCUGCUCCGAGAACGGGAGGCCCGAUCGAAUGUACACCAAAUGGCGGUGGCAGCCCGCCGGCUGUGAACUCCCCAGAUUUGACUCGAUCAAUUUGCUGGAAAAGCUACGGGACAGAAGAUUGGUCUUUGUGGGCGAUUCAAUUGGAAGGAAUCAGUGGGAGUCCCUCCUCUGCAUGCUUUCUACUUCGGUUUCAAACAAGAGCACAAUCUAUGAAGUAAAUGGCAGAUCUAUUACGAAACAUACAGGCUUCUUUGUUUUCAAAUUUGAGACAUACAACUGCACAAUUGAAUAUUAUAGAUCUCCAUUUCUGGUGCCCCAAGGUCAUCCCCCUGUAGGUGCACCCAAAUAUGUGAAGACUACUCUCAGACUGGACUUCUUGGAUUGGACAUCAAAAACUUGGAAGGAUGCUGACAUCUUAAUCUUCAACACAGGGCACUGGUGGAACUACGAGAAGACCAUUAGAGGGGGUUGCUAUUUCCAAGAGGGUGAUCAGGUGAAGACAAAGAUGAGUGUAGAAAAUGCUUAUCAAAGAUCAAUUCAGACUUUAUUUAAGUGGAUUCAUAAAGAAGUUAAUAGGAAUAGAACUCAAGUCAUCUUCCGUACAUAUGCUCCUUCUCAUUUCAGAGUUGGUGACUGGAAAAAUGGAGGGAGAUGUCACUUGGAGACACUACCAGAUUUGAGCCCUUUGCCAUUAUCCUUAGAACCGUGGGAACAUUACCUGGAACCAUUUAGGGAAGUUCCCUCGGAGAAUUUCACAGCAAAUGAAGUGCUAAAACUGGAUCUGCUGAAUGUGACACAGAUGACUGCUCGUAGGAAAGACGGUCAUUUAUCAAGAUUUUACCUUGGUAUUUCUGCUCUUGCUCCACUUCGCAGGCAAGACUGCAGCCACUGGUGCUUACCUGGAGUUCCCGAUGCAUGGAAUGAGCUACUGUACGCACUUAUAAUGCAACGGGAGUCGAUGAUGCGUAAGAACAUGGCCAUCAUGGGCACCACAAGGGUAAAGUUGGCCCCUUAAAGACUCCCAACUCUAUUUAUUAACUUGGCACUGAUUUUGCAGAUGAUGGAAGAUUAUUUUUACUGAGAAAUCUUCUACAGAGUGCAACCCACCAUUGUUAAAAAGGAUCAUUUUCUCAUGUUGAGAAUGCUUCUCCAUAUAGCAUAUCAUCGCUGGAUUAUGUACUUCCAAGUUUGGAAUCACCAAAUACACGAGUAAUAACAGGGGAAUCACAAAACAUUUAUUACUGAGAAACUUACAGCUUAGAAGUUCAGUUGCUGGUGAGCUUGGUUGGCUGUAAUUAUUAACAUUUUCUUUGAAUAAGAAUCACACAAUCUUUCGAUUUUCAA